AUCCGUCUCCGGUCGGCCGGCCGACCAAGAGAUCUAGCGAGUUGGCCAUCAUGGACGAGGUCGGUCGGGAGCGCGAUCCGACGGGCGCACGUACAGCCCUGAGGAUCGUGCGCGAGGCGUUCGCUGAGACACGAGGCAAGCGGUGGCGGCUGCUACUUGUGGCGUUCGUGAUGCUUUGCGUCAACUUCGUACUGAUGAUACUUUGGGUGAAGAUGGCCAGCCAGCAGGCGGUCAAUCUCGACGCCUUGCGCCCGUUCUAUGAAGUAGAGGAGAAUUCGACCAAGUCAGCAGCAGCCGGUAGUGGAGAGGGGAAGGAAUUAGCGUCGCCUUUGUGGGAACUCGAUGUCGCAGGGGAGCUCUUAUGGGAUGUGUCUACGGUCAUGGCAAUUUUCCUCUUCUCUAAGGCUAUGUUCUUCCUUCAAGGAGGAGGGCAACAUAGACGAGGAAUUAGAAGCUUAUUGAAGGAGUGCCUGAGCGUGGCCGUUGCAAUAGUCGUGUGGGAGGUCAUGGGGAACUUCGUAUUGGGAACCCUGCAAGCAAACGGUUUCCAAGACCUCUCCCGCAAAUUCGAUGCCGCCUUCGGCUACGGGUAUCUGCUCACCGCCGUCGUCAUCUCGCAAGAAGACGUCCAUAACUUCAGGGCAGUCGAGAGGGCGUGGGAGCUUGCAGGCCAAAAACUCAAGAACGUGUACGUUGUCGGUGUCAUGAUUAUUUUGGUGCGCGAAGCCUUGGAAAUCGUCUACCACCUGCUCUUGAAAUAUCGUCUCGUCUAUCAUCAGCACCAUGUGGUGACUACUGCGGUUUCUCGACAUGACGACACGACCGCUGACGUGGUGAGGUUCUCGCUCGUUGCAGCGCUGCUACAUGUCAUUAUGCAGUCAUUCGUGUGCACGAUGGUCUUGGCGCUUUACAGGGAGACCAGGAACAACAACAGACAGGACAUCCGUCGUAACGACGCUGCCGCGCACAAUGACUAAGAUCUUCUCGACAACCAUCCGCGUCAGAUGAAGAACGAUAUUAGAAAGAAGAUUUUAAGAAAGAUAAAAAGGACGAUAUGACAAACAUGCUCUUGAAGCAAGCUGCAAGGGUCAACACCGCACAACCCUUUUGCUGCAAAGGACAUGAGACAAAAAUAAUAAAUAGUAUAUACGCAACUUACCUUCCUGUAAAAUAGACAACAAAACAAAAUAAAACCCAGCUAUAUAACAUUCGAUAGAUUUUAAGAGAAAGAAGUCUGUCAAAUGUAACUACAUUGUAUACUUAUAGUGUAAAAUUAGAUUGUAAUAAAUAGUGUGUACCGAUAUAUGUAUGUGUAUAUAUAUAUAUAUAUGUAUGUAUAUAUAUAUAUAUAUAUAUGUAUGUAUAUAUACUCCCUCCGUCCCAAAA